GUGGCGCACGACCCGGUGGGCGGGGCCGAGCAUGGAAAGAAGGAGCGAACGAAAGCAAACAAAUCAAGCGGUUGAGUUUAGGUUGGUGCCGGCGAGCGAAUGCUGGGGAGAAGCGAGGCGAAGGUUGAAGGUCUUCAUAUAAAUGCAUCAAAGGUGCCUAUGGAUCUGAGGUUAAGAGGAACAUGAUCCCUGCUGAGUGAACACAAUUCCCAUGGUGCUGGAACAAGGAGACCCCUAAUGGAAUGAACCCACAGCAUGCCUUUGCCAGCCUUCUGCACCAUGUCUGGAACACACAUUCUCUUCCUCCUCUUCCUCAAUCUUUUUGUAGCUGGCUGGACACAGGAAGCAACAGUCAGUGCCCCUUAUCUGAAUGUUGGGGAUGGAACAGUUCUGGAAUUCAGCUUCCCGGAGCAUAGCCAGGGUGUUCUGUUGGUAGCAUGCCAUUAUCUGGGGCCAGAUGCCUGGCUGAGUGUGUCCUCCCUGGAGCCUACGGUGGUAGUCAUAGAGAAUGUCAGUGCCUCCUGGGGAGGAGGCUUCAUGGUCAGAUUCCAGUCUGGCUUGGUCGGUCUGGCCCCAUUGCAGCUGAGGUUGUUGGAACAGAAUCGCCUCAUUGAGGAACGAGCUGAUUUCCGGAUCCGGGUUGACGCUUCUGAUCUGGAGCCAGCAGUACGGAUGGGUCUGGGCCACUUCUCAGAGAACCCUAUCCUCUAUGCCCUCCUGCCUCUUAUCUUUCUGAAUAAAUGUGCAUUUGGCUGCAAGGUGGAGGUGGAGGCUCUCCGAAGCCUGGUUCACCAGCCUCAUCCUGUCAUGUUGGGUAUCCUAGGCCAAUUUGUUGUCAUGCCCCUUUAUGGCUACCUCAUGUCCUUGGCCUUCUCUUUGCCUAAGGCACUGGCUCUGGGACUGGUGAUUUCUUGCUCUUCCCCUGGUGGUGGUGGUGGAUACCUCUAUAGUCUUCUGCUGGGAGGAGAUGUCACCGUGGCCAUCUCCAUGACUCUCCUAUCCACAGUAGCAGCUACUGGGCUCAUGCCCCUCUCCUCCACCUUCUACGGCUGGCUGUUGGGGGCACAUGAGACUCUGCAUGUGCCCUUCCUCAAGAUCUUCAUCACUCUCCUCUUCAUCGCAGUGCCCAUCUCUGCCGGCAUGCUGGUCAAAUGCAAGCUGCCCCGCGUCUCCCGCCUCCUCCUGCUCCUCAUCAAACCUUUCAGCUUCACCCUUAUCGUCGGAGGCCUCUUCAUGGCUUACCAUAUGGGAGCCUUUAUCCUAACCAGCGUGCAGCCCCCCAUCAUCCUGGCUGGUGUUACCGUGCCCAUCUUUGGCUUGCUGCUGGGUUACCUGCUGGCUUGGUGCUUAGGACUGCCAGGGCCACAGCGUCGGACGGUUAGUAUUGAGAUCGGGGUGCAGAACAGCCUGUUGGCCUUGGCUGUGCUGCAGCUCUCCUUCCAGAGGGCCCAGGCUGACUUUGCUUCCCAGGCUCCCUUUAUUGUGGCCCUGAGCAGCACGUCCGAGAUGUUGCUGCUCGUCUUAGGAAACUUGGCCUACCACAAGCUCUGCUCGACUGGCUCUUGAGGCCCCUGGGAAAGUGGAGGCAGAUACCAAAGAUUUGAACUCUGGGUGUGGCCUGAUCCAAGAUGGAUACCAAAAGCCUUAGGAGCUGGCUGUGAGGCACCCUCUUGGUAGGGGUGUGGCUGACUAAGACCUCAGCCUGAAACCCAUGAUGGGGUGCUCAGAUACCAAGGGGCCCUUUGCAGUGACCCAUCCCACAGGCUGCAGUGUGUGGGGUACCUGCAUUGUCUGGACUUCUGUGUUCUUUUUAAAUUCAACUUGUUUUUCUAGUACCUCCAGAGCUUAAAACUUGAGUUGCACAGACCGGGCGGUAAAAUGGGGGUGGACCUGUCCUGUUUUGCCUCACCCACUCAGCGGGAUACAGGGUUUGAAUAAAACGCAACUGAAGAUAA